AUGUUUCACGCGUUUGGCAACGCAACGCAGGUCCCUCCGGCGAGCUGGCGUGACGAGCCCGCGACACGCGGAACCUUCAACAUACUCAGCAGUUGCCUCAUAACUCUUGGACUGUGUCUGUGGACCGCGUUACAUCUCAAUAUCCCACGUCACAAUGAGGGCGCAUGGGUGACCCCAAUGCGCAAAGCUUCCUGGCUCCUGCUCGGUCUCCUGGCACCUGAGAUGAUUGCGUAUACCGCUUGGUACCAACGGCAAGCCGCGCUCAAUUUGACCGCCGUUGCGAAGCGCAGGCUGGGCCAACCUCUUGAAGGAUCCAUCAUCCAGAAACUCGCAGCCUUCUUCCGCCGUAGCGAUCCACCUGAUAAGAGUGAAAUGGAAGACAAUCAGACUGCCACCCCGACGGUCAAGCGACACUAUCAGUGGACCACAGUUCACAGCUUCUAUACCAACAUGGGCGGUUUUGUCUUCGACACCACGGAGGUGGACGCCAAAUUUUUGCCGAACUCUCGAGAACGACUGACACUUACACCUCGUGGCUUACUCUAUAUUCUGGAGCACGAACCCGACCUGAUUCCCGAUAUUUCCGAAAAGCAAAUCUGGGACAAGAGCAAAGCUGGAAAUCUAGCCAAAACCCUUAUAUGCUUGCAGGCAAUUUGGUUCUGCGUCCAAUGCAUUGUUAGAUUUGCCCAAGGCCUUGCAAUCAGCUUACUCGAGCUGAAUGUCUUUUGCCAUGCUAUUUGUGCGUUACUCAUGUACAUCUUGUGGUGGGAUAAGCCUAUGGACAUUGAAGAGCCCACUGCGCUACGUGGAAAGGUGGUCAGAGAGAUGUGCGCCCUGAUGUGCAUGCGAAGCUCCGAUGGUCACUCAUCUGGCUGCACAGAACUCCCCCACGGAGUGAGAUACGGCAGCGCAAGCGACCGCAACAUUGCCGAGGCAUAUGUCUCAAACGAUGAGAAACGUCCAACAAGCAUAUUGAAGAUGCUUUUACUUGCUGUUUCCUUUCCUGUUCUUCUCUGUUUGGGCAUUGUACUCUAUGUACUCCUUCCUUUUUAUGGUUUAUUUAGAAUUUGUAAGGGAGUGGUGCAGCUUUUUGGUGGCAAACAUAUCGAGAAACCAGAUCUACUGGGCCACCGCAGAACGCUAGAGUGCCGCCUCAAAUGGACUGCACCCAGAUCUGUGGAUGGCCAACUCGAAGGUGCCGACAAUGAUGAGUCUUUCCCUGUCGACCUCACCCAUUCGUCGGCGGACGCUUCAGAGUUUGAAGGUAGAACGAUUUCUCCUCCUUCAUCAACACCGGCAGGCAUAGUAGACCACGGCGUGUACGUAACAGGCAACAAAGCCACUCAAAGCCCACAAGCUCCUCCACAAUCGAUUUCCACAAGUCACAUCGAUGGUAUCAGCCUGGCGCUCGGUAAAUGGAGCCAGGGGGCGUUCUUUCCCUGGCAACCAACACCCGACCACACUCCAACAUCUAUCAAUCUCUCCGCCACGGACGUUGCCCGCUGGCGGCUUUGUGCCAGUGCUCUGCAGCGUUAUUGCCCAUCAACUCAGCGGCUACAAGAAGACGGCACUGAUAGCCAUCAGGACUUUCCUGCCCACCAAUCUGUUUGCGAUCGUUCCCCGGAUUGGCCGUUAUCGGAUUACCUUUCAUGUGCGGGAGAUGGUAGAAAACCAGUGACUGCUAUCUUGGUUGGCUUCUCUAUCGCUGGCCUCGCCUAUGGAGGCCUCCACCUACUCGCCUGGGACGCCCCCUUUUCCUCACAACUCGAACACAAUUUGUGGCGCAUUUCUGGGAUCAUUCUCGCAUGCUCGGGCAUGGUUUUCACCAUUGGAUUCCUCUUACGGAAAUGGAUGAUCAGAAGCGGCUUGACGAAGUUCCGCAAGAAGCUGAGAACUCAGCCCGGACGGCUCAACCUAGUUGGACAUUUUAUUUCCGUCAUCGUUAUUGUCGCUCCAGUCUAUGUGGUGUGUGGCGUGUACAUUGGUGCAAGAGGAAUAUUUGGUCGUGGAAUCUUUCAUCCAGCUGGUGCACUUGCCGGACACAGCGUAUCUGUUGCCAAAAUGGUCGCAGUAUUUCCCGCAUAUCUCGUAGGUUUAUUGACGAGUCAAAUGUCAUUCUAG